AUGUCAUUCGUCCCCAUGGAAGAGGAAAUCCGCUUUAGAGGGCUCCAGGCCAGCCGGACUGCCACCUGGAAGUACCUCUUCUCAGUCUUCCUGCGGUGGUUAGUUACUUUGCUGCUCAGCCUCGCAAUCUGGAAGAUUUUGUGGUUUUACUCCGAAUCCAUGGUCAUCAUGGCGAAACCGGCUACGCGCGACUUUAAUGUUUGGAUCACAGGGCUUACUAUCGCUCUUGGGUUGGCGUUUGCUGGGAGUUUCGACAAGUUGGCCAAAGAUACACGGUGGUGGAUAUUGUCCCGUCGACACCGAUCUCUCAGAAAGGUCGAGGCUAUCCUAGAGGCCGAAAACGUGUUAGCUAUUUUGCGGAUGGCCUUUAGCUCUCGGCGUAUCACUAUCCAUGUCACCGCUUUGUCCUGGUUCUUGGUGUUUGUGGCCUCGCAAAUAGGCCUCGCUGUCCUCGGGUUGUUCUACUCAGUGGAUGUGUCAGACAAACUUGCCCUACAGGUGGUACCUGGCAACGUAUCGAUAGCCAACAUGUCUGCGGUUCAACCUCUUGGAUUCGUCUUCUCCAACAGUCAGUCCAGAAGCGAUCAAGAAUAUGCCGCCAAUAUGUUGUGGUAUCAGCAUCUAAUAUUUAAUGGGUACGGUGCCAUGUCACUCACAUACUUGACUGGGGUUCGUGGCCUCGAACCCCAAGUCGGUGACCUACGACUCGCCUCUGAUCCGGAUUUGUUCUGCGACUUGGAAGGAUGCGAUUUUAUAUUCGUCGAAUCAUCAGUUCCGUCAAAUCCAGAGAAAGAACUAGCUGAUAUGUCAUCAUGGCAACCGAUAAUAGUAGCCACGCCACGCAAGAUGACUGUAUCGACAAAGUGCGAAGCUUAUCCCGUGAUAAGUGGCGGCGACGGGUCAUCCACUGAGAUUGGGUAUCGAAAGAAUGCAACCAAUGGCGGGAGUCGGGAAACCGUCCUUGUCAGUGUUCCCUUGACCGCAGACACCGAACAGACAAUAUUCAUAACCAACACAUCCUUUACCUGUGGCCCUGGCUGCAGCACCGUCACGGCGUUUGAGACAUCGGCCAAAGAUCCCUGGUUUUACUCAUGCAAUACGACUGUGGGCUCCGUCACUAACGCUACGAUACCGGAACACGAGGUAUCAGAACACGUACGGCUUUUGGCAUCCUAUGCUAUCGCCCUUCAAGGCUUCGCAGCCAAUUCGACAUUCAACGACACUGACCUGCAGUACCAAGUGUACCCAGCUCAGUCACCGUUUGGAACUCCCCUCGAGGGCAUGGCACAGGCGAUGGAGCUUACAGUGUCGCGCUUCGCAGCAGGUGUCAUUGCAAUGGUAGCAAAGGUCAAUGAACAUAUCAUAAUUGACGGAUUGCCGCCAGUGAAGGGAUCUAGUCUCAACGUGGACCACUGGGACUACAUAUGGAUCGUUUUGGCUGUCAUAGUCUGCUUCCAGUUCGUGUUCAGCGUGGUUGUCGCUGUUAUGGCUACGAGGGUGGUUAUACCUCCUGGAGGGGCGACGUCCAUGGCAAAGGUAUUGCGUGCUAUGGCUUCUGACGGGAGUCCUGAUGAGACAGACUGGAUAUACCGAAGUCGGAAAGUUUCAGCCGAUGGGGUUUACGACUUGUAUCUUGAAGGACGUCCACAUGGUGAGCUGCAAGAAAAAAGCUUUGGAGCAUAA